CCUUCUGUGGGACCCAAAGUUCAAUCCCAUUUCGAAAACUCGUAACGUACACUGGAUUUUGCACUGAUUUCCCGCCCUAUAUAUCGCUCCCUCCACUGAUCAGUGAAGUCAGCUUCUCUCUCUCUCUCUCUCUCUCUCCCCGGUUAGGGCUUCCCAUCAAGGAUGAAACGAAAUCGCAAGCUCAAGAAACCAGACACGUCUUCCAAGCUGAUUUUGAAAGAAGUCAUUGGAUUGACUACGAAGAAUGCGAAUGGAUUGGCUUCGAAUACUUUCAGCCCGAACUGCGUUUAUGUGGCGGGGUGCGUUGUGGUGGUUUACAAUGUGGAAUUGGACACCCAAUCCCACUUCAUGGUGUCCAAUAGAAUGCCUAAGCCGUUGAGCUGCGUUUCCAUUUCCAAGGAUGGGUGCUUUGUUGUGGCUGGAGAGUCAGGCCAUCAGCCUGCAGUGCUAGUAUGGAACUGCGUGAGCAUGGCUUUAUUAUCUGAACUGAAAAGCCAUCAAUAUGGAGUGACGUGUACUGGUUUCUCACCUGACGGCAAAUAUCUAGUUUCUGUUGGCUUUUCUCAAGAUGGAUACAUUUGCCUCUGGGAUUGGCGAAAUGGGAUGUUAGUUACAAAGGUUAAAUCGUGUUCACCUUGUUCUUCUGUUGAAUCGGUUUGCUUCUCAUCAGAUGCAAAAUUCAUUGUGACUGCUGGGAAGAAGCAUCUGAAGUUAUGGAAAGUUGGGAUAUCGAUAAGAACUCGUGCAAAUGUUGGGGUCAAGUCUUUGGUUAUGCAUGGGAAGCCCAUGAAUAUUGGUUUCCAGAAAGGAUACUCAUUCAUAGCUGUUACAUCUCCCUUUUUGAUUAACAGUGGCCUUGUUAGCAGUGAUCAGGCUGGUGAAAAUUUACCUAUCUAUGGAUUGACCGAUACAGGUGUUUUAUGCCUUCUAAAUUCUGGGUUGUCUAUACGAAAUUCAGUGGACUUGAAGGUUAAGAAAGCUUUUGCACUAACUGCAUCCAACAAGUUGAUUGCUUGUGCAUGCAAUGAUGGAGUCGUAAAACUCUUCACCAUCGAGUUCCUUAAAUAUUCUGGAAGUUUACAAUACACUGAGGCGAAAAGACGUGGGACGGCAGACAAUAAAGAGUGCCACGGAAUAACCAGCAAAAAAGAACUUCAGUCGUUGUCCGCUCUUCCUCAUGCACUUGCUUGUCAAUUCUCGACCUCCGAAAAGCUUGUGGUUGUCUACGGAGACCACAGUCUGUACAUAUGGGACAUUCGUGACGUAGACAAGGCUACCAGGUGUUGUGUUCUAGUUUCACACAGUGCAUGCAUAUGGGAUAUUAAGAAUCUUCCCUGUGAAAACAUGCAUGAUUCAUCUUUGGCAUGUGCGGCUAGAGGUUGUUCGGGUGGUGUUUCUUUUGCAACAUGUUCAGCCGAUGGUACCAUAAGGUUUUGGGAUCUUGCAUUGCAACUUGUUACCUCCGUGAAUGACCCAACUCUUGCUACAAGCCACAAAUUUCUAUUGACUAAGCAGGAUAAAGCUACAUGUUUAGUUAGUGCUGGAGUUUUUGAACAAGAUUCUGUGGAGCUAGGAAAUACCACUCCUGGGUUGCGGUCAAUGGCAAUUAGUUCAGAUGGACAUUACCUGGCUGCUGGAGAUUGCCAGGGUAACCUCCAUAUCUAUAACAUACACACGUCUGAGUAUAUCUGUUUUCAGGAUACUCAUGAUGCUGAAAUCUUGUCAUUAAGCUUUAGUUCAUCAAGCAAGACGAACGCUAAAUCUGGAAAGAGUUUAGAAAGCCGUUACUUUCUUGCUUCUGGGGGACGAGAUCGGAUGAUUCGUCUUUACGAUGUCAAAAGGAAUUUUGAUGUCAUUGGAAGUGCCGAUGAUCAUUCAGCUGCUGUCACAUCUGUAAAUCUGACUAGCAAUGGCUGUAAAAUUCUAAGUUGUAGUGCUGAUAGGGCUCUGGUUCAUGACGUAGCAAUUACAGAAAGUGAUAGUAUUAUUUGUGAUCUUUAUCAUCAAAUGGAAACUUAUGGCACUGUCUGUGACAUGGCUGUAGAUCCUACUAUGGAGAUUGCUGUCACAGUGGGGCAGGAUAAGAAGAUAAAUGCAUUAAAAAUUGCUAAUGGGAAGCUUAUUAGAUCAUUUAAGCAAGAGGGCAAUUUGGGAGACCCAGUAAAGGUAAUUGUGGAUCCAAGCUGCAGUUUUUUGGUUUGCUCUUACUCAAACAGGUCAAUCUGCAUUUAUGACUUAUUUACUGGGGAGAUUGUUGCCCGAGCAGCGGGGCAUGGUGAAGUUGUAACCGGCCUCAUUUUUGUUCCUGACUGCAAGCACAUUAUUUCUGUUGCUGGUGAUGGUUGUAUUUUUGUUUGGCAAGUGCCUAUUCCUUUGUCUUCAAAGAUGCUGCAUAAAAUUAAGGAAAAGGCCACGCCAUUUACUCCAACAAGCGUUGUUCAGCCUGUAUCUUUAAGUGGAAUCAAGUUUCAUGAAGAGGAUGACCACCAGUGCAAAAUCCGUCCUGAAGAAGUGAUACUGCCAGAAUGCUCCAAAACAUUAAGCCAAAAACAUUUUUAUCAAAGAGUUAAUCUUCCAGAGACUUCAGCAUUUAAGUUUAGCAUUUCCAGACUCCCCAAGUGGGCACAAGCCAAAGUAACUAGCCCGCGGGUCAUGUCUAUAGAUCCAGACUAUAUCUCAUCCCAGCAAGCUGGACUGAAAGUGUUCUCUCCCCUGCCCUCAGUUGGCAGUCACAGGGGCUCUGACGUUCAAACUCCGUCUACGCAUGACGUCAAAGGAAGUGAGCCAUUUCUUGGUAGCAUGUCGAGAUAUUCAUCUGACAAUGAUACUACUGGCCAUGGUUCUCGAAUGCCCCAAGAAACCCAUAGGAAGAGCUUUGCUUUGGACAGGCGUUGGUUCACCAUUCACACUGUUUGCUUGGAUUUACUAAAUUCCCCAGUGGUUUGGGACACGAAAGAAAUGAAGGAAAUGAAAGCGCCAGUGACAGUUCGAAACAAAGACCGAGCUGUGGAGAUGACAAGUGAUAUCGAGGUUAUUGAAGUCUCAUCCAGGGAUCCUGAUGUGAAUAAUUUGGAGGUAUCUGCUUUUGGGCUUAGUAAUCAUGUUGAUGCGAAAGUUGCCUCUUUAACAGAACAAGCUAGACAAAACAAUCCUGGUUCAGCAAGCCAUAACAGUGACCGAUUCGAGAUAGAUAAUGCUUGUGCAUGCCAGGAGGUAGCCAUUUUAGAAGUCUCAGAACCAUUUCAGUCAGAAACAACUGAAAAUGCAGUACAGGCAACGAUAAAUGUCAACACCUCAUGCAUACGAUCUCGAGAAAAGGAUCCAUUUAAGCGGAACCUUGGCCAUUCGUCAGCAAAGAUUGAGACAGGGGAAAGGAAGUCGUCAGCAAGGAGAAGCUACUCGGGACAAUUCAUUCUGCGACAGGACCUUCUUAGAGGCCAUAAAAAUCUUUUUGAAACACCCAUUAGGGAUUUUGGUGGAGAAAGUAUGAAACAGGAAAAAGAAUCAACCUCGUGUGUUAUGUUGGGGGAUCUUUCAGUUCUGGUCCACGAAGAAUCACAAAUGAUAGAGACUUCUGAACAGGACCCAAAGAACUUGAUGCCACAAUUGGUGGGGUCACAUAGCGUUCUCUCGCUAAGCGAUUCGGCCGAUUGCUCAUCAGGUUACAUUUCCGGUAACUUGGAAUCUAGUUUUGAGGACUAUGAGAAGCAGAAUACAAUCAUCGCAUGUAAAGAGGCCUUGCUCAAUUUGGAGACAGCAGCUGAUAAUCUAUUCCAGCUAUUUUGUAGAUUAGGAACUCUGGAAAACGGAGAAGAGAUUACAAGAGUAUCUGAGGCUCAGUUAUACAGUGGGGCUACUGAGAUCCUUCCAUCAAUAUCAAAGAAAGUUCAUGCAGUGGCCAAACUAGUACAAUCUACCAACAAUCCCAGAGGGGAAACUGACAUGGACGUUUCAAGAUUUGAACCUUUAUUAGGAACGUUUGCCGAGAGUAUAUCUCAAAGGGUUGUAGAAAUACUGAAGAACAACUGCAGCACUCUCUGACAUGAUUAAAAUCAACCACUUGUGUACAGUGUUUUGAUAGAUUAUUGCGCUACCAUUCAAGGGACGCUCGCUCUGAUUUCACAAAGGAUUACUACAAACGGCAAGACAGUAAGAAGACAUAUUCAGAAGAUGACAAAAGAGUAAAGAAAGGAAGGAAAGCUCAUUCUCACUGCAAUAAGAUCAGAAGGCAAAACCCUACUGCUCUCUGACCAUAAGAAUCUGCAGUUUAUAAAGAAUUAGAAGGGUAAGCUUUAAAAUAUUGCCACAGAUUUAAAAAGUGACAUAAUCUUAGGCUUUGCAUGCUUGUGACAGUACCAAAGAUAUGUCCAAAUGCUACUUUGUCACAAUAUAUUAGUAUUCUUUAAAUUGGAUCUGACAUAAAGAGUAUUUGGUGUGAAUUUCCCACACAUGGUCCUAUGACUGAAUCC